GCAGUUGCAGUGAAGAUUGUGGACGUGAAGCGUGCCAUAGACUGUCCAGAAAAUAUUAAGAAAGAGAUUUGUAUCAAUAAAAUGUUAAAUCAUGAGAAUGUAGUGAAAUUCUAUGGUCACAGGAGAGAAGGCAAUAUCCAGUAUCUAUUUCUGGAGUACUGUAGUGGGGGAGAACUUUUGGAUAGAAUAGAGCCAGACAUAGGCAUGCCUGAACAAGAUGCUCAGAGGUUCUUCCAUCAACUCAUGGCAGGUGUGGUUUAUCUGCAUGGUAUUGGAAUAAGUCACAGGGAUAUUCAGCCAGAAAAUCUCCUAUUGGUUGAAAGGGAUAACCUCAAAAUUUCUGACUUUGGCUUGGCAACAGUGUUUCGGCAUAAUAAUCGUGAGCGUUUAUUGAACAAGAUGUGUGGUACUUUACCGUAUGUUGCUCCAGAACUUCUAGAGAGAAAAGAAUUUCAUGCAGAACCAGUUGAUGUUUGGUCCUGUGGAAUAGUACUUACUGCAAUGUUGGCUGGAGAAUUGCCGUGGGACCAGCCUAGUGAUAAUUGUCAGGAAAUUGUGAUUGGAAAGAAAAAAAAAACAUACCUCAACCCUUGGAAAAAAAUCGAUUCUGCUCCUCUAGGGGCAAAGAGGCCCCGAGUCACUUCAGGUGGUGUAUCAGAGUCUCCUGGCGGAUUCUCUAAGCAUAUUCAAUCGAAUUUGGACUUCUCUCCAGUAAACAGUGCUUCUAGUGAAGAAAAUGUGAAGUACUCCAGUUCUCAGCCAGAACCACGGACAGGUCUUUCCUUAUGGGACACCAGCCCUUCAUACAUUGAUAAACUGGUACAAGGGAUCAGUUGUUCCCAGCCCACAUGUCCUGAUCAUAUGCUUCUGAAUAGGCAGUUGCUCGGCACCCCAGGAUCCUCACAGAACCCCUGGCAGCUCUUGGUCAAAAGAAUGACACGAUUUUUUACCAAACUGGAUGCUGACAAAUCUUAUCAAUGCCUGAAAGAGACUUGUGAGAAGUUGGGCUAUCAGUGGAAGAAAAGUUGUAUGAAUCAGGUUACUGUAUCAACAACUGAUAGAAGAGACAAUGAACUCAUUUUCAAAGUGAAUUUGGUAGAAAUGGAUGAGAAGAUCUUGGUCGACUUCCGGCUUUCUAAGGGUGAUGGAUUGGAAUUCAAGAGACACUUCCUGAAGAUGAAAGGGAAGCUGAGUGAUGUUGUGAGCAGCCAGAAGGUUUGGCUUCCUGCUACAUGAUCGAUCCACUGGCUCUGGGAUUCCUGGUGAAGA